GUUUGAUAAGUUAUCUAGUAUAUCAACUUUUGAAACUACAACAAAUAAUAACUUAAUUGUAGCUUUAUAUAGUAGUAAAAAACCUGAUGAUAAAAUUUUUAAUAAAGAUGAAGUUGAUCAUUAUCUCU